CAAUUGACCACUCCAACAUCCUCAAUUCCUCCUAACCCAACUCACCGCCACCAUGUCUCUCGUCCUUGAGCUCCCCGCUGAAUACGGCUACGUUCUCGUUGCCGCUACAUCCACCUUCUUCAUCAACACCCUCCACGUCGUCCUCACCAGCAAGGCCCGCAAGCAAAGUGGUCUCAAGUACCCCAUCCCUUACGCUUCCAACGACCUCGCCGAGAAGAACGCCGAGGCCUACAAGUUCAACUGCGCCCAGCGUUCGCACGCCAACUUCACAGAGAACCAGAUCUCCUUCCUGGGUGCUCUCCUGAUCUCUGGCCUGCGCUACCCCGUUGCCUCUGCUGUUCUCGGUGCUGGCUGGGCUGCUUCUCGCGUCUUCUACGCCAUUGGGUACUCUGCUGGCGGUCCUCAAGGACGCAUGGGUGGUUCCAUUGGCUCUGCCCUUUGCGAUGUGUCGCUGAAGUUCAUGGCCGCCUACACCUCUAUCAUGUAUGCUAUGGGUAACUGAGUUGGCCGUAAAUCGAAUAUAAUAUAAUAUUGGUUCCUACUUCUUUACAGUUAAACCGCUCGUGAUUACUCCGUUGAUUCCAUAACAUGCUUUUGUCCAUGACCAUAACCAUUAUACGCCCGCAUUCCAAUCCUUCGCGAAGUCAUACUGACCGACCUGUCCAAGGUUCAUAAUCCCAAUCGUUAUUAUCAUGUACUGGCUGACUAUCCAAUGUACUUUGUGCAUGUCCCCCUUCCCUUCAUUUUCUCAUUCUCCUCCUUCUUAGCUCUUGGCUUAUUGAUGAGUCUUCCUCAUCAGUUUGAAUAUGUUUUUGUUGGUUUGUCUUGAAAUCAUCGUCCUUUUCAGCCUCGGGAAACCAUUCAAUCCCAUUGUUGCCCAAGAGGUAGUCACCGUAAUACUUCAUCGCGUUGAAGAUCUCCUCGCCAGUUGGGACAAUGUGCUCUUUGGGGAGCAAGAAUCCGUAGCUGCCGGUAUCUCGAAGCUUGAUCUGGUAGCUGUAGUGAGCUCGCAUCUCAUGAUAGAACCAAUCAACUGCCGAUCCGCCGCCAGAUUCUAUUCGAGACCAGUAUCUACCACCACUGAAUUCGCGUGCGGAUACAGCACCCUCACAUGCUGAUGCUACCGUAUAGCUCUCUCCGUUCGAUAACCGUAUCGAUUUUGCAAUUCCUGCAGCGAGCUCUUCCAAGUUCUCCAAGUUGGGUGGAUCAACGGAGCAGGUGAAGGAAAAAGGAUAGAGAAUUUGCUGGGAAUACGAAUGAAGAUCAACCAAACCAACAAAUCGGACGUUGUUGUUCCAGGUCUGAUUACGCGCCCAGUCGGCAAUCUGAACCGCCUCGACAGCCUGGAAAGGCUUCUCUCCCCCGUAACUCUCAGAGCACGGGUCUCGCUGAACCCGCGAGCCGUCCCAUUCAUAUCCGUAAGCACGGUCAAGAUCUAGCCCGCGGCAGAACUGAAGGUUGGUCUGCUGCCGAGUCUUGCGCCACAGUCGAUCAACAUGCCAGGUGUACUCGAAACCAUCAGGGUUGGCAACUGGGAGGAAAAUCAGGUCGAAAUCGUCCAGCAACUUUGUAAUCAUCCGUUCCUUGCCAUAGCUAGUGAUAAAAGACCAUGCCAGGUAGUUGACGGUGCUAGUAGAUAUCCACUCUCGGGCGUGGGAGCCGCCCAUGAUCAUGAUGGUCUUUCGUCGAGGCGCAUUCGGUACAUUAUGAGAAAUCCCCACACGCAAGGCAGGUAUAUCGCGGCCUUCGUAUGACUUUCCAACGUUGAUGUAUUUGACGUAGGAUGGAAACAUGGCCUCGAGCAGUCGCAUCCAGCGCAUGAUUACUGGUAGAGAUUGGUAGUCCUGGAAAAAGAGGUUGUCUACAGGCGAGGAGGCGAUUUUGACCACCGGAGCAAAUGUUUUCGGGUCAGUAUAGGCUGGGUUUCCGCCGGUGGGAAGUGAAUUAUAGACAGCUGUAGCCAAGUCCGGGAUCAAAAUCGAGUGCGAUGUAUGCAGCGACUUGGGCAGCAGGCUGAGCAAAGGCCGGACCUCGUCAGCAUGUAGUCGGAUAUCUACGUAGUCGUCGGUGAAAGCCCAAACAUCGAGGAAUAGACGUGCAGCGGCAUCGGCGAGAGCGCCUUCCUCGUGGGAAGUGGUGACAUUGAAACGAAGGACGAGCUGUUUGACGUAUUGCGCGCGUAACUGGUUGUGAACGGGUGGCGGGGUUGCGUCUUGGGUGGGCUUGCAGCCAAAUAUGGACUCGAUAGCUUUGUCGCGAAGUUUAGUAAGAUAAGGGAAGAGCCUCGUGUUAGAUUGGGCGUGGCUAUCGGUGUUGCGGGAAGCUGGGAUGUCGCGUUGUGGGUUGAUACCAACAGCGUUGGCGUUGACGUUGAUAUUAGAGUUGGAGGCCUGCAGCAGCAGCAGACUCGCUGUCAGUAAUUGCAGCUUCAUCGUGAAAACCAGCAACAGACACAAAGUUGAGGUGACCGAUAGAUGCUGAUUGACUGCUGCAUGCGAUGCCAAGUCUUGCUUUAAUGAUGCGGGUUGCAAGUGAGUUGGUAGGUAGCAAGAUAUGAUGUAGUGUGAAUAUUAGAGAUAAAGAAAGUGACAAAUGAGG